AUGUCAUCCUCACUGCGACUGGCCUCCGGCAUUCUCAGCGGAGCCACUCGCAACCUCUUCGCCAUUGAAUCUGCCCCUUCGCAUCGCAUUCUACCCGCACUCCGCACCACCAGCCGGUCACUAUGCCGCUCCUACACGCAAGCGCAGCGGCCUCGGUGCACCCAGAGCAUCCCGAAUGGCUUUUCUGUACGCAAUAACUUCUCCACAACUGCAUUCCGAGCUCGUGCAAAGACAAUGGGUCAGCUGCGCCAGCGCAACUCGACCGGUCCUUUCUCGUGGAAGGCCGCGCUGUUGUUUGUGCUCACGGGCGCUGGUAUGAUGAUCUAUUUCCGUGUUGAAAAGGCACGUCUAGAACGGAAGCGUAUUGCUGAGAUGAGCAAGGGUGUUGGGAGGCCAAAGGUUGGCGGUCCAUUCGUACUCAAGGAUCUGGACGGAAAGGAGUUCACAGAGGAGGAUCUGAAGGGAAAAUACAGCUUUGUCUACUUCGGUUUCACCCACUGCCCCGAUAUCUGCCCCGACGAGCUGGACAAGAUGGCCGAGAUCAUUGAGAAAGUCAAGGAGUCGACCAAGGACGACAAGGUUUUCCUGCCUGUUUUCAUUACCUGCGAUCCCGUCCGUGAUACCCCCGAGGUCCUGCGGGAAUAUCUGAAGGAGUUCCACCCGGGCAUUGUUGGCUUGACGGGCACCUACGAGCAGGUCAAGAACGUCUGCCGCCAGUACCGUGUGUACUUCAGCACACCUAAGGACGUGAAGCCUGGCGAGGAUUACCUGGUCGACCACAGCAUCUACUUCUACCUGAUGGAUCCCGAUAACGACUUUGUUGAGUGCAUUGGCCGACAGGAUACCCCCGAGUCUGCGUCCAAGGUUAUUGUGGAGCACAUCAACGACUGGAAGAGAGAGGGAAGGCCUUUGAAGACCGAGUGA